GAGUGUUCGUUGCGCAUCGGAGUGGCAGGAGCGGGACAGGAAAUAACUCGCACUGCGCAUGCGCCGAGCCGGCUGCCAUACUGCGCUACGUGUACUGUGGACUGCGCUUGCUCGGGCACCGUCACUGCGUCUAGCUGAGAGGUUUUAUAGGCACCGCGACCGGUCUGAUCUGUGAAUACUUUCCGAGUCAGGAGUGGAGCAGUAAGUGUGUUGUGGUGCUGCACUGCAGGCGAACGCAUUCGGCGGCUUUGAACAUGACGCAAGAAAUCUUCACGGAAGACAAGUUAGAGUACCAGUUCUUCCCGGUGACAGCUGGGUCACUCAACUUCAAAGUACGCGCAGCAAAUGAUGCCCACGUGGCACUCACCACCGGUCCAUCAGAGGGGGAUCCCAUGUACGAGGUCCUCAUCGGCGGCUGGGGGAACGCCAAGACCGGCAUCCGCCGCAACCGCCAGAAGCCGGAGAAGGCCCUCACGGACACCCCCGACGUCCUGAACGGCGGCGAGUACCGCGGCUUCUGGAUCCGCUGGUCGGGCGGCAACAUCGCCGUCGGCAUGGAGGGGGAGGUGGCCCCCUUCCUCACCUGGGACGACCCCGAGCCCUUCGGCAUUGGCUACUACGGCAUCUGCACCGGCUGGGGCGCCACCGGCUCCUGGAUCAUUGAAAACGGUCUGGAAGUGACCACGGCGGACAACCUGCAGUACAACUUCCUCCCCGUCCUGUCCGGCCGCCUGGAGCUGGAGGUGCGCAGUCCGUCCAACGCCCACGUGGCCCUGGCGUCGUCCCCCAGCGAGGCAGAGCCCCUUUACGAGAUCCUUCUGGGGGGCUGGGAGAACUCUGCCUCCGUUAUCAGGCUCAACAAGCAGAAGCCGGACAAGGUGCGUGCGGAAACCCCUGGGUUGCUUACAUCGGCCGAGCCCAAGCGCUUUAUUAUCGAGUGGCGAGGAGGCCUGCUGCAAGUGAAGAAGGACGGCGCCGUGCUGCUAGAGUGGAAUAACCCUAAGCCGUUCGGAAUCACGCACUUUGGUAUUCGCACGGCGUGGGGUGCGAAGGGCCACUGGCGCAUCGCGGCGGUUGACCCCCAUGGAGCGACCCCCUCUGCCCCACCUGCCCCAGGUGGGAUGACCACCCGCGCAGUCCCAGGGCCGUUCCAGGCUCCUCACGGAGCCCAGAAUAUGGGUGGCAACCCAGCCUGGAGCUCAGCCCCUCAGCCGUGGCAGGCGGGAGGCUUACCGUCAGCACCAUCAGCGGCCGGGCCGGGCUGGAACCUGGCCCAGAGCGUGGCCCCCUCCGGCGGGACCGCCACCUGGGUGGAUGCCUCGGGCGGCUCCGUGCCCCCCCACGCCGUGCCCGGAGGCUUCGACAACGAGCAGCUGUACGUGGCGCGCGCCCAGCACGAGGGCGCCCUCAUCCCGGGCAAGCUGAUCCCGUCGCACGGCGUGUGCUACGUGCCGUGGGGCGGGCAGGAGCACGGCAAGCCCGAGUACCAGGUGCUGGUGGGCUGCGAGCCGGCCUGGGUGCCCGCGGCGGGCGGCCAGCUGCCCCAGGGGGCCCUGCCCGCGGGCGAGACCGAGGAGGGGGAGCCGCUGUUUGUGGGGCGGGCCAACCACGAGGGCACCAUCACCGUCGGGAAGGUGCAGCCAAGUCACAGCGUGUGCUACAUUCCGUAUGGUGGCAUGGAGAUUGGCUACCCUGAGUACGAGGUGAUGGUCGCCAAGUAAAGGAUGUGAUGGUUCCACACGCAUUGCCGCUCGACUAGGAAGCUAUUUACUUGCACCGACAUCCAGCGUUAACUAGAAAUGUGGACUCUGCUAUUCAUGCCAGCUGGAAACACUUGUAUUUACUGUGGAAGUUGUCUUCCUGCAGUGCUUCCUUCUAACUGUUAUGUCGGCCAGUUUGUAAUGAUGUUGUUAUUUAAGGAAUCUCAUCUCCAAGAUAAAUGUUGGCAGCUUCAUGCUUACUUGUUUGAGAGAGUGUUAUCAAUUGUUAAUAUUGUUUUAUAAUUUUUAUUGUAUUUUUGUAGAUAUACAGAAAAGGUAUUUUAGAUAAAUGUGUUAAGAUAUAAUCAGCUGCCGUAGUGGCCUUAAAGUUGUGGUGAUAUUAAAUGUUGUUUUAAACAAUAACAAAAGUGGCUUUGGUUAAACUUACACUGAUAUUAAGUUAAAAAUGAUACACAUGUGUAAGCACAAAGAUGUGAAAUAAAUAUGAUACUUGUCA